AUGAUGCAGUCAGAUCAGCAGAAAAGCAUGGUAGACAAUGUCUCUCCAUUCAAUAUACUAAUAAUAAAGAUCCAUUAUUAUGGCAUUGCUUGAAUAAUCAUGAAUGGUAUGCUCCUCUCCAUCGCCUCAAAAAUCAUAAUAAAUGGUGUCCUACCUGUGGAUAUGAUAAAAGGAGAUUAGGUAUUUUGACAGCUAAAGAGUUGGCACUAAGUAAAAAUGGAAAAUGUAUUUCAGAUUCUUAUAUCAAUAAUCAGACACCAUUAAUAUGGGAAUGUACCGAAAAACUUAAUCUCGAAAUUGCUAAAGAAGUUGCGAUAUCAAAGCGUGGACAAUGUCUUUCAAUGGAGUAUAUAAAUAUAGAUAAACCACUUCUCUGGAUUUGUCAAUUUAAUCAUCAGUGGCACACGUCGCUUAAUAAAGUCAAAAAUAGUAAUAGUUGGUGUCCAUAUUGUGCAGGUACAAAACGUCUUACUCUUGAAGAAGCUAAACAAAUUGUGUAUAGCAGGAAUGGUGAGUGUCUUUCUGAGAUAUUUGUUAAUAUUCGUUCACCCUUAUUGUGGAAAUGUGCUAAAGGUCAUAAAUGGCAUUCAACACUUAAAAAUGUUAAAAAUAGUAACACCUGGUGCCCAUUUUGUCGCUUACAUAAACGUGAAAAAUUAUGUCGUGAAAUUGUAUCUAAAUACCUUGGGCCUCCGUCGGAAAAUCGCUGGCCAGGUUUCUUGAAAACAUCAAAAUACCCAACAGAUUUAGAACUCGAUAUUCCUUACUAUUAUUAUGGUUUUGCUAUUGAAGUACAAGGAGAACAACACGAAAAAUAUAAUGAAUUCUUCCAUAAAGGAGAUCCCAAUAAUUUUAUUAGACAACAAGAACGAGAUCAACUCAAAAAAGAAUUAUGCAAAGAAAAUUGGAUAGUUUUCGAGAAGUUUG